UACCAGUGGCAGUGAGUAUGUGCCCUGCUGUGAACACACUUACACAAAGAAUCCAAUCAAGGAUGGAGCACAAGAAUGAAAAUGCUGGUAUAGAACUGCUUCUUGCUCACAUGAACAUCGAUGACUUCAUUCAAGAGGCAGAUCAUUUUUACUGUGUUGGCACGGAGGUGGAAUCAGAGGUCUCAUUUGAAGAAAGUUUCUCUCAAGACGACAUGGAUGAGAACGAGCAGACACCUGAGAUGGUAGCACCACAUGAUUUGCUCUCACGUAUGAAAAUUCAUGGAAAGGUCCAUUACGGAACACCAUCCGACCUCCAGGACUUUGUGAAUAUGAUCUCAAAUACACCGUCCUCCUCUCUCUCAGAAUUGCAUGAAGAAAUGGGUGUCCUGCUGAACAAUACAGACAUGGUCAUUAAGGAGGGGCAUUAUCGUAUUGACAUGGACGUUCUUCUGUUUCCAUGGAAACUCACCUACAAGCCUCCAGGCCCUGGACACAUUCCCAAAGGGUCAUUUGGGAAGGUCCAUCUGGCUCAGGACACCAAAACUCGAAAGCGAAUGGCAUGCAAACUGAUUCCUGUAGAGCAUUUCAAGCCUGCAGAUGUGGAAAUCCAAGCCCGGUUCCGGCAUGAGAAUAUAGCAGAGCUCUAUGGGGCACUGCUUUGGGAGCAGACGGUGCACUUGUUCAUGGAAGCAGGGGAAGGUGGCUCGGUUCUGGAGAAGCUGGAGAGCUGCGGCCCAAUGAGAGAGUUUGAGAUCAUCUGGGUCACUCAGCAGGUUCUACACGGCUUGGAAUACUUGCAUUCUCACAAGAUCAUACACCACGACAUCAAACCCAGUAAUAUUGUGCUGAUGUCCGCCAAAGCUGUACUGGUGGACUUUGGGCUUACAGUUCAGAUGAAGGAUGACAUAUAUGUUCCCAGGGACCUGCGUGGCACAGAGAUGUACAUGAGUCCAGAGUUGGUUCUGUGUCGAGGGCACAACACAAAGACCGACAUCUACAGUCUGGGAACCACAAUAAUACAUAUGCUGAGUGGCAGCCCUCCAUGGGUUAGGAGGUAUCCCCGAACAGCCUACCCCUCAUACCUCUAUAUAAUUCAUAAACAGGCCCCUCCUCUGGAAGACAUACCAGAAAGCUGUAGCCUUGCAAUUCGUAGGCUCCUGGAGCAUGCACUUGACAGGGUCCCUGCACAGAGGAGCUCUGCCACAGAAUUACUCAAUGAGGAGGCCCUCCAUCCAUCUCGGGAUGAUCAGCCACGCUGUUGGAGUUUGGAUUCUGCGCUAGUGGAAGGCACAUGCCCAUUGUUGCGACAGCAGUGUCAGCUUUCAGACAGCAACCAAGAUUCUUCCCUGUACACUGAGGACUCUGGGCAUUGUAAAAAGAAAGGAUCCCUCUAUAUCGAUCUGGGUGCCCUGGCUGGUUACUACAAUAUGGUGAGGGGGCCACCAACUAGUGAAUAUGGCUAGUUCAUCCACUGAUAAACCUGGGUGGUUUUUCAUACAUUUUUCUAAGAACCACUUGGGUAUUUGUAAAGCUGCCAUUCAUAUAAAUGCAACCAAAAUGCAUAGAUCGAUCUGACUAGUGGAACCAAACUCAACCACAACAUAGAUCGGACUUCAGAAAUCUUCAGUAUCUUUGUUGGCACUGAGAGACGAUGAGCUGUGUAAUUAAAGUUGGGAGUCUUUUGAAAUGUAAGAGACAUGUAAAUCAGCUUGAAAAGGAGAAAUAAGUUUUUAAUUGCUUGAUGUCACAACAUAUAUAAACAACUGUUUGUGAGGCACGAUCUUGUUGACGGUUCAAUUUCUUUGCUUUUAGAGCAUGAAAAAAUAAUGACAGCAUACUGUAUAGUAAAUACAAACUAAAACAAAUGUAUGUUGUUUUUUGUUUUUCAGACCUAACUUAAAUUGUAAAUCACUGUAGCAGUGUUAAGUGAAUGCAUUAUGUAUUCCAUAUUUUGUUUCAUUUACAGUACUUGUUACGGCAGGCUUUAGGGAGAGUAAAUCUGUAAAUUUAAAGCGUACCAAAAUAUUCAUGCAAAAGAUUAUUAGAAUACUAUACUAGAUUAUUGUUGCAAACUACUGUAUUAUGAUUCUUCUUUCUUUAGCAUAGCAGUGCUAUGUUAAAUAUGUGUCUACUUCAAUGAAUUACAAGGACAGACCUAUGUAUAAGGAUAUCCCUUCCAACCUACAUUUGUAGGUUGUUUUUAUGAAAUAUUAAUCAUAAGAUGUGCAAGUAUCAAUCUGAAUCUUAGCUGUCUAAUUUGUAAGCAAAUCUUUUUGUGUUGUUUUUAAAUGUGGUAUGAAUUAUAGCUUAAGUAAUUUAAGUAUCAUACUAUUAAGGUUAGCUUAUUCAAAUUCCAUGUCAGUCUAUGAGUUUGGCAUCUCAGUUAAGUUGUUCAAACCCGAUAUGAAUGCCUUGGGUCUUCAAAUAUCUUUAUCUGAGAUCCAUGGUAAAUACUACCAUUGUGAAGAUAAGAGGUGCCAAAAAGUGCACUACAGAAUUCUUUUCCAGGAAGUGUUCAAAUUAUAUAUGUAUGGACUGUAUGUACAUACUGUCUGUAUGUGCAUACACAUACAUAUACAUAUAUAUAUAUAUAUAUAUAUAUAU